AUUUACUUGUCAUAUUUAAGUUGUUUCAAUUUUAAUUAUUGCACGAAUAAAAAAUUAAAACAAUCAUGUCAACAUUAAAAGAACGGCAAAUAAAUGCUAUAAAAACAAUGUUAAAUUUAAAUAACCCAGCAAAUAAAUUAUCAUCUGCAGAGCCCGUAUGGAAAAUUUUAGUAUAUGAUCGAGUUGGACAAGAUAUUAUUUCACCUUUGCUAUCGCUAAAAGAAAUACGUGAAUUGGGUGUAACGUUACAUGUAUUAUUACAUUCAAAUCGUGAUUCCAUACCAGAAGUUCCUGCGAUAUAUUUUUGUGCACCAACUGUAGAGAAUUUAGGAAGAAUUAGUCAAGAUUUUCAAAAUGGUUUAUAUGAUGCAUAUCAUUUAAAUUUUAUAUCGCCAAUUUCUAGAGAGAAAUUAGAAGAUUUAGCAUCAGCGGCCAUUCAAUGGAAUUGUGUUGCUAAUAUUCAAAAAGUAUAUGACCAAUAUUUAAAUUUUAUUACUCUUGAAGAUGAUUUAUUUACCUUACGACAUCAAAACAAUGAAACGUUAUCAUAUUACGCGAUUAAUAAAGGAGAUUUAGUUGAUACGGAAAUGGAAUCGAUUAUGGAAGUAAUUGUGGAUAGUCUAUUUUCUGUAUGUGUCACAUUAGGUAAUGUUCCAAUAAUUCGAAGUCAACGUGGUAAUGCCGCCGAAAUGGUUGCAAAAAAAUUAGAGAAAAAAUUACGCGAUAAUGUUUUUGACGCUAGAAAUAAUCUUUUCCACAUGGAUGCUACUCAAGUCGGAAAUUUUUCGUUCCAACGCCCCCUAUUAAUUAUUCUCGAUCGUAACGUUGACAUUGCCACUCCGUUACAUCAUACAUGGACAUAUCAAGCUCUAACACAUGAUGUCCUUGAUUUAACGUUAAAUAAGGUUUCGGUAGAAGAUAAAGAACCAAGUGGUGGUGUUAGAAAUAAAACAAAAGUGUGUCACUUGGAUUCAAAUGAUAAAUUUUGGACUACACAUAAAGGAUCACCGUUUCCAACAGUAGCGGAAGCUAUACAAGAAGAAUUGGAACAGUACCGAUCGUCUGAAGAAGAAGUGAAACGGUUAAAGACUUCUAUGGGUAUUGAAAAUGAAAGUGAUUUAAUGUUAAAUAUGGUUUCUGAUAAUACGGCAAAAUUAACUUCGGCUGUAAAUUCGUUACCACAAUUGAUUGAGAAAAAGCGUCUUAUUGAUAUGCAUACCACAAUUGCUACAGGUAUUUUGAAUUUCAUUAAAUCGAGACGAUUAGAUACAUUUUUCGAAUUAGAAGAAAAAAUUAUGAGCAAGGCAACAUUGGAUAAUAAAAGUGUAUAUGAUUUUCUAAUUGAUCCAUCAUCAGGAACACCUGAAGAUAAAAUGCGUUUAUUUAUAAUUUAUUAUAUUUGUUCAUUAAAUGUGCCUGACAGUGAAUUUAGUAAAUACGAAGCAGCUCUAGAGGCAGCCGGUUGUGAUUUAUCACCCGUAGCUUAUAUUAAACGUUGGAAAAGUUUUUCAAGAAUGUCAUUAAAUACCAAUCAAUAUGAAGGUGGUGGUACCAAAACCGUUAGUAUGUUUUCAAAAUUAGUAUCGCAAGGAUCGUCGUUUGUAAUGGAAGGGGUUAAAAAUUUGGUUGUUAAAAGAAAUAAUUUGCCAGUAACUCGAAUUGUUGAUCAAUUAAUGGAAAUGAAAAAUAUGGAAAAAGAUGAUUAUUUAUAUUUGGAUCCAAAACAAUUUAAAGCUGUUGAAAUGCCACGAACAAGGACUUCGUAUCAGGAUGCAAUCGUAUUUAUUGUUGGUGGUGGAAAUUAUAUUGAAUAUCAAAAUUUAGUCGAUUACGCUAAGCAAAAAACGAAUACAUCAAAUAAUAAACGAAUUAUUUAUGGAGCAUCAACGCUAAAUAGUGGUGAACAGUUUUUAAAACAAUUAUCUUUAUUGGGUAAAGAAAUAAGUUAAGCUAU